GCCGAGGAGGAGAAGAAAGAGGAGCAGGAGGAGGAGGAGGAGAAACAGAGCAGCAGGAUGAAGAGCAAAGGAUGGACGAUAAGAGGCUGAGACCAUGAGGACUGCAGCACCAGAGACCGAACCGAGAGGGAGAGAGCAGAAGACCCGUGAAGACCCCCCGGCUGGUGGUCGGACCCUGCAGGGCUGAUGGGCAGAGAGCUCGCGGAGAAUUUACCAGCGCGACCAUGAUGUCCUCUCCUGGAAUGGGCACGCCCAGCGAUCCCCUCCUGGCCAGUCCGGGAGGGGACCGGCUCGGGACAUCCCAGGACGCUGCCUGGAGGCCGACCCUGUCCAAAACGUCCAGCUUUCCAACGUCCACCACGCGCCACCUCAGCCACCGAGCCAACAACUUCCAGAGGCACCCCAAACGGAGAAAGCUGAUCCGGCCCUCGCCCCCUCCACCACCCAACACGCCCUGCCCACUGGACCAGCUGGACCUGAGCGAGCUGCCCCCCCGCCGCACCUUCCCCGAGCUCCUCUUUAACGGCUGCAUUCUGUUCGGCAUUGAGUUCAGCUACGCUAUGGAGACGGCCUACGUCACUCCAGUGCUUCUUCAGAUGGGCCUUCCGGAUCAGUUCUACAGCCUCGUGUGGUUCAUUAGUCCGAUAUUAGGGUUCCUGCUCCAGCCCAUCCUCGGAGCGUGGAGCGAUCGCUGCACGUCGCGCUUUGGUCGCCGGAGGCCUUUUAUCCUCGCCUUGGCAAUCGGCGCUCUGAUGGGUCUAACGCUGGUGUUAAAUGGGCGGGACAUCGGCUCAGCGGUGGCAGACACAGCCGUCAAUCACAAGUGGGGCAUUGUGCUGACUGUGUGCGGCGUGGUCCUGAUGGACUUCAGUGCGGACUCAGCUGAUAACCCCAGCCACGCCUACAUGAUGGACGUGUGCAGUCCAGAAGAUCAGGACAGAGGGCUGAACAUUCACGCACUACUGGCAGGUCUGGGCGGCGGGUUCGGCUACAUUGUGGGUGGAAUCAACUGGGACCACACUGAGUUUGGCAGGUCCAUGGGCGGUCAGCUUCGGGUCAUCUACAUGUUCACCAGCAUAACACUUAUAGCCACGACAGCUAUGACCCUGACUAGCAUCCCAGAACGGCCUCUCAUUCAGAGCCAACCUCAGAACAAGAACUCCAGAAACCUGAAGAGCCCGAACCUCCCCCUGCCACCGUCCCCGCCGCCUCCUGCCGGAGCCGUCACCCACCAGGAGGAGGACGAGGAGGAGGACGGCCUCUACAGCUACCAGUUUUCUGGCCGCAGGUACCCGGAUUCCCUCGGCCACUCGUGCAGCGCCAACGCUAGGCUCUGCGCGGGUCUCAACAGCCCCAUCUCCCCCCUCAGCCCGUUAACACCCAAAUACGGCAGCUUCAUCAGCCGAGACAACACUUUAACCGGCAUUAACGAGUUCGCCUCAUCCUUAGGAACGUCAUACAUAGACAGUGUGCUGAUAGACUGCUACACUGGACAGCAAACACCUGUACCACUGGAACCUGAGCAUAUAGCCCCGCCCCUUCCUCCAGGAGACACACCUCCCGUUCAGGUGUUGCAGCCAAUGGACGUGCCCACGCAGACUGAAGAUUCACAGCAAAGGGAAUCAAUACAGCCGAACGGAGGCCUGCAGGGGACUGAAACGCUGCAGGCUGUGGAAGAAGUCCAAGCCAUUGAACAUUUGGAGCCCAGCGAGGCUCUGCAGGCCGGGUCUCAGCAGGGCAGCACCUCAGGGAUUCUGAAACGCCCUCAGAGCCUCGCCUUAAUGGAGGACCCGCUGAUUGUCCCCAGUACUGGCCUGGAGAAUGGUCGCAGACGCACCGUAACUUUCAGCCAGCAGGUGGCGAACAUCCUCCUGAACGGUAUGCGGUACGACAGUAACCUCAGCGACAGCACAGAAACGAUAGACACUCAGAUGUCUAUAAGGCUGCUGUGCAUCGCCAUCUACAGGAUGCCCCCGUCACUGCGCAGCCUGUGCACCAACCAUUUUCUGGGCUGGCUGUCGUUCGAGGGGAUGCUGCUUUUCUACACUGAUUUUAUGGGGGAGGUUGUGUUCGAGGGGGAUCCCAAAGCGCCCCACGACUCCGAGGCCUAUCAGCGCUACAACGCUGGGGUAACCAUGGGCUGCUGGGGCAUGUGCAUCUAUGCAUUUAGUGCUGCUUUCUAUUCAGCCAUUCUGGAGAAGCUGGAGGAGCGGUUCUCAUUGCGUACGCUGUAUUUCUUCGCCUACCUGGCGUUCGGUCUGGGCACGGGCCUGGCCACUCUCUCCAACAACCUGUAUGUGGUUCUGUCUCUGUGUGUGACCUACGGAGUGCUCUUCUCCUCACUCUGCACGCUGCCUUACUCACUGCUCUGCGAGUACUACCAGAGUCCACAGUUCUGUGGCUCGUCAGAGGAUGGGACCAGGCGGGGCAUGGGGGUGGACAUCUCUCUGCUCAGCUGCCAGUACUUCCUGGCCCAGAUUCUGGUCUCGGUGGCGAUGGGCCCUCUGACCUCGCUGGUGGGCGGGGCCCAGGGCGUGAUGUACUUUGCCAGUCUGAUGUCAUUUGUAGGCUGCCUGUACUCCUCGCUGUGUGUGGUGUACCAGCUGCCACCUCCGGAGGGUGAGCACCCGCAGAGUGAGAGCCAGCCACUACUGGCAGAGCGGACGGUGAGACUGGGGUGUGAGUGACUACAGGGCUCCAAUAACUGAAGAAACGGGCCAAACCACCCUUUUUCGGUUUGGCGGGAAGGUGCAGGAGGUCAGGAAGACACAGUGCGAACAGUGACAAACCAGGACUCUGCUCAGCACUCUGAUAGGAGCACUGCUGGCAAGCCAGGGCCUGGUGAUCAGGAGCGGGGCUGUUCUCUUCAUGGCCACUAGGAGACAGAACUUCAUGCUUUUCACUGGAAGCGGCGCAAAAUGUCUACAAACUGCUUUUGCUUGGAGGCCGAGUUUAUCUAAAGUUAUCUGGUCGAGUUUGUGCUCCUGGGCUGAGUUUAACUCUGAUAUCCAGCUUUUUAAAGACUGCUUUGGCUAUUUAAAGGGAAAUUCCAUGGAUUUGUAACAAAUUUAGCACAAGGAUUUCUAUUAUUUUUUCAUUCUGAUGAGUUUUUUUUAUGUAUUCAAGUCUUUCAGAGUGGUUUAACAUUAAUGUAGCUUUUUAUUUCAAUCUUAAAAAUUUCCAGUGAACAAGUCAACAUAAGGUUUUGUAUUUGGUGUUUUAGCCAAGUAUGUGCUGCCUCAUAUCGCCUUGCAUGUAUUUUUGUAACAUCUUGGGGCAAAAGCUUUCUCUGAAAUAGAAAUAAUACCACAACUCAGUAUCUCAAGCUUAUUCAGAUUAGUUUUGUCCCAUACAUCUUUAAAAUUAGUCAGUUAUCUGAAUCCCAUUACCAUCACUGUGAACAGGCACAUUUAUCAAAUCAUAGACAGACUGUUUCAACAAAUGUGAAAUUCCGCUUUAAACCAGCCUGGGAAACAAAAUCUGAUCGAUAACUUCUAAACAUCUGGCCUUCAUAAAACAUUCAAUCCAAACAAAUAAAAGCUUCUAAAUCCAUUACAA